AUGUCAAUUCAAUUCGUGUUGUUCCACAACUUUACGAAAGACGACGACGCCAUAAGGUUUGCCAAUGAGAAUGUUACUCACUGGUCACGUGAUGAAGUGCAAAUUUUUGUACUGGCUGGACUAUUAGUAUUCAUUGUUAUUGGAUUUAUCAUAGUAGCAGCAAUUGAUUGUAUAAAGCAGAUCUAUGAGAGUUGUUUCAAGCGGAAAGAAGACGUUGAUGAGUGGAAAGCUCCUCCGCUCUCAAUGUUGGCUCCUCCUCCUUACUCAUCAACGCCGUCUUUAGCCACAAUAGCGUAG